CCAGCCGGAGUUAGCCUGGCAAGGCUUCCUCCCCGUCUAGUUACUCUCACCUUAACUGCGGGCUGGUUAGGGCCAUGCUCCUUCGGGUGGCAACCCAGAGACUUUCUCCCUGGAGGGGCUACUGCUCCAGGGGGUCGCAGGGUGUACUCAGCCAGGACUUUGUGGAGGCUCUGAAGGCAGUUGUAGGGAGCCCCCAUGUGUCCACUGCUUCUGCGGUCAGACAGCAUCAUGGGCAUGAUGAAUCAAUGCACAGGUGUCGACCUCCUGAUGCUGUGGUGUGGCCUCAGAAUGUGGACCAGGUCAGCCGACUGGCAAGCCUGUGCUACAAUCAAGGUGUUCCCAUCAUCCCAUUUGGCACAGGCACCGGUGUUGAGGGGGGAGUGUGUGCUGUGCAGGGUGGAGUGUGCAUCAACCUGACUCACAUGGACCAGAUCAUGGAGCUGAACACAGAAGACUUCUCAGUGGUUGUGGAGCCUGGCGUCACCCGUAAAGCUCUCAAUACCCACCUGCGUAACAGCGGCCUUUGGUUUCCAGUUGACCCAGGUGCAGAUGCUUCUCUGUGUGGCAUGGCAGCCACUGGGGCCUCGGGCACCAAUGCUGUGCGCUAUGGAACCAUGCGUGACAAUGUGAUCAACCUGGAGGUGGUGCUGCCUGACGGCAGGCUGCUUCACACCGCAGGCCGGGGCCGCCAUUAUAGGAAGAGUGCAGCUGGCUACAAUCUCACAGGACUCUUUGUGGGCUCUGAGGGGACUCUGGGCAUCAUUACAUCUGCCACCCUGCGCCUGCACCCUGCACCCGAAGCCACAGUGGCUGCCACCUGUGCGUUCCCCAGCGUUCAAGCUGCUGUGGAUAGCACAGUUCAGAUCCUCCAGGCUGCAGUGCCUGUGGCCCGCAUCGAGUUCCUGGAUGAUGUCAUGAUGGAUGCCUGCAACAGACACAGCAAACUUAACUGCCCUGUGGCCCCCACACUUUUCCUGGAGUUCCACGGUUCCCAGCAGGCACUGGCAGAACAGUUGCAGCGCACAGAGGCAAUCACUCAGGAUAAUGGCGGCUCUCACUUCUCCUGGGCCAAGGAGGCCGAAAAGCGCAAUGAACUUUGGGCUGCACGGCACAAUGCUUGGUAUGCAGCUUUGGCCCUGCGUCCAGGAAGUAAGGCCUAUUCCACGGACGUGUGUGUGCCCAUCUCCCGGUUGCCAGAGAUCUUGGUAGAGACCAAGGAGGAGCUUAAGGCCUCAAAACUCACAGGCGUCAUUGUUGGGCAUGUGGGUGAUGGCAACUUUCACUGCAUCCUGUUGGUCAACCCAGAUGACGUGGAGGAGCAGAGGAGGGUCAAGGCCUUUGCAGAAAAUCUGGGCAGGCGUGCCCUGGCACUCCACGGGACAUGCACCGGAGAACAUGGCAUCGGUCUGGGCAAGAGGCAGCUGCUUCAAGAGGAAGUGGGUCCUGUGGGUGUGGAGACCAUGAGGCAACUCAAAGACACACUGGAUCCCCGAGGUCUCAUGAACCCAGGCAAAGUGCUAUGAGGAGCUUAUAACACUUGGCCCGCAAUCCCCAGAAUGCAAAGCCCCUGUUUUGGACUUUUCCUUCAUGCCAAUGAUCAUGCAAGAAAUAGAACGGCUGAUGCUCUCUCUGCCUGCCCUCUGUAGCUGGGGCUCAAGAUGAAGGGGAGGAAGAUGGGCUCGCUCACAGAAAGCUACUGCCUUUGUUCUUAGAAAAAACCCAGGGUGUUUCCCAGUGGAGUUUCUUCCUGGCUGGCAGAGGGGGUGUGGGUCUAUUCCAAGCUAAGAUCAGAUCCCACUGUGGAGGCCUCUUUGCUGGUGUUCAGCAUACUGUGAUUCACCCUAUAUAUAUAGUGAUAAGAGCACCCCUUUCCUUGCAAAGGGAAGGAGCAUUGCAGUCCACAUUGUUAGGCCUUUUCCUUGUCCGUCCCUGUGUCGUGUCCGGUCCCCCUCCCUUCAUGAAUGUGAACUCCAUUUGCAGCUGCAUCCUUUCCUCCCCGCUAGGUCUCUGACCUUGGGCCAAUGAGCCAUUUGUUUUGGGCUGGCCCACAGACUAAUAGCCUGGGGAGGGGGAUAGAGUUCAAGCUUUGGAAGAAAGCCAGUCCCAGCCCCUCUGCUUUUGACCUGAGGCAGAAAAACCUGCCUGUGGUGGAGGCCACCUGACAGUUUUCCCACCGGGAAACUGAAGCACUUUUCUUCAAGCUGUCGUGGAGGACAUUUGAAAUACAGAUGAGAUAAUCCACUGUGUCCCUCCCCUCUCCAUGGCAUAAUGCAGUCCACCAGUUUUUACUUCCAAAGUCAGGGCCUUGUCCACUUUGGGACCUGGCAGUUUUGAGAUUCCCUGGCCAGAGCUCUUGUCAGGAGGUACUGGGCAGCUGUUCCCCAGAAGUCCACGAGAGGGCGCGCAACACCAGAAACAUAGCAGACACUUCAGGGUCUCUAGACACUUUACCCCUUGUGGGUCCCGGUCAACUGUAGUACCAUCUUCUCUACUCCUAGGUCUUAGGGUUGGAAAAAAUGAAGGAAGCAGGGCAGGGGAAGCAGCAGGCUGUCGCCCCCACCGUGCCACUUUCUCAAUGCAACUUCAGGUCUUAGAUCCCUUCUUGGUAGUGUCUGUCUCAUGAUCCUUUGGCCUUCUUCCAAACUACUUCAGGAUGGAGUAACCCAAACAUCAGCAUUGUACUCUCCAGGGAGAGAUCGCUAGUGAACCCCCCUCACGCCAGACAGAUUGCUCACCCCUCCCUCACCCUCCCAAGUCGAAUUCCACUGGGCAGGGCUCCUACACACACCCUCCAAUAACUGGCAACUCAAUAGACAGCCAUUUCCCCACAAUUUCUUUUAUUAAAGAAAACCCCAAACAUACAGAAAAGUUGAAAGAA